AAAUCCCAUGUGCUAAUACUAUAUUUGACUUCCGAGAUAGGGACGACCUCCCUACAAAGGAUAAAAUCGUUGUCCCCAUAGUGUCCCUUGUUCAGAGGUUCCACUGUACACAGCUGGACUCUCUACUACACCCAGUGUGUUGACUGUUGUCUCUGGUGUGUGUUGCUGCAGGUGUUCCUCUCACUCCCUCCAAUGUGAUGAGAGAAGUGAGGGAGGUGGGGAAUUGGUGGGGGGAGAGGGGACUGGGAUACUAUCUCUACAUACCACCGUCAAAGAGAGAGGAGAUUAGACAGAAGUUCCCAGAUGAGAUGGAGCAGAAGAAACAGCUGAUUUCUCACUGGAUUAACACCGACCCACUGGCAAGCAGGAGGAGACUCAUUUGGGCACUAGAUCGAAUAGAAGAAACCAAGAUGGCUGACUCCAUAAGAUCCUAUGCUGAACCUCUCACUGAUGACAGUCUCACUCCACACACACUGCUACCUGCUGUGUCCUCUGUGGGACAGUUCUGGAGGAGAGAUCUUGAUGAGUGGGGGCUGCUGGAGGUGCUUGAUGUCCCCUACUCAGUGAUGGAUGAUAUCAGGGCCAGUCCAUCACACCCAACUGAAGAGGAGAAAAGGAUUGCAGGUCUACAGUACUACCUCCAGACCCUACCUGGUGCAUCAUGGGAGGAUAUAGCUGGAGUAUUAUGGUUCCUGGAGGAGCACACAGCCCUGGAGGAAGUCAGACAACAUCUACAACCUACAUAUGAUCCCAGCCUCACUCCCUCCAACAUGAGAGCAGCACUGGACACACUGCCAGCUGACAAGUGGGAGGGGUUUGGUCGUGGACUGCAUGUCCCACAGUCCAAGUUGGACCAGAUCGAGUCUCAGUUCACUAGUGAUGAGGAGAGGAGAGAUGAGAUCAUAAGAAUAUAUCACACUCAACAUCCCCACCCAACAUGGGAGCGUGUCUCAAAUGCUCUCUACAUAUGUGGUGUUGCAUUUGAUGAUCAGCAGUUCCACAAUGUUCUUGACAGACUCCAGUCCAUGUUCCCCACUGGUCGCAACAAGGCCAAGAAGAUCUAUGAAGAGGAGAUGAAACGUGGAAUCACAGAACGACUCAUCACAAAAGUGACAAUGGUGGGUACUGCAGGCAGCGGGAAGUCAACGUCCCUAGAGACACUGACUGGAGAGGAGCCACUGGCAGAGGGAGAACGAGAGAGCACACCACUCCUGAAGAGACCCGUCCAAACCGAGGUGGUCUUUGUGGAAGGGAAGGAGGCGAGGUGGAGGAAGAAGACGGCAGACGAGAAGAAGCAAUACAUUGCCCGCAUCCUGAGAGCCCGUGCCCAGAAACUAGGCCAGCCAGCCACCCAGCCACCAACUGUAGUCAGAGAGAAACACAACUCCCCCAAAGCAGCAGAGUCGGCAGCCUCUCCCCAGAAAUCCUCACCAGCAGCCACAGAAGAAACCAAAGCCUCAGCCACUGCCUCCAGUACGGCAGCCACGGCCAGUGGUGACCAGUCGUCUGACACGGCCCCAGAGGUGACGGUGGAAUCCCUGCUGGAGUCAUCCGAGGUGGAGGAGGAGUUCAUAUCCCUCAUCAACGUCCCCAGCCACUCCCUGGAGACCGUCUUCACUGAAACAUGUGUGUACAUCGUGGACAGCGGAGGCCAGCCCGAGUUUGUGGAUGCCAUGACGGUGUUCCUAGGGCAGACGUCGGCCUGCAUUCUGGUCAUCGAUCUCUCCCAGCCACUGGACCACCGCCCAAACAUCGGCUACUACCGAAGGGGAAGAGCCGUGUCCAAGCCCUACCGGUCCACCCGGACAAAUGAAGAGAACCUGAAGCUGAGCAUGCGGACCAUGCACACGUUUGUCUCCAAAACGAAGGGAGAUCCCCUCAAGCUGCUCUUCCUUGGCACCCAUCGAGACAAGCUGCACAAGUGUCUCUCAGAAACGGUGGGAGACAAGAACAAACGAUUGAAA